AUGGCAGACCAGAAGUUCUACUUCAGCGAGAUCAGGGCUGGGAAGAAACUGUGUUUCACAGGCCUUUACUUCAAUGAGUGUGGCCCACCCUUGGCAGUGUCCUGUGGAAAAUACGCGGAUUGCCAGAAUGUGGACAGGAGCUACUACUGCACAUGUACCCCUGGAUAUGGACUCGUUUCUGGGGCAACAACGUUCAGAAACGAGAGUGAGAACACGUGUCAAGACAUGGAUGAAUGUCAGCAGAAACCCAGAAUCUGUAAAGGCCGCAGUGUCUGCAUCAACAUCCUGGGCAGCUAUACCUGCACGUGCCUGCCCGGCUUGGAGCAACCCGAAGACCCGAACCUGUGCGCAGAUGUGAACGAAUGUGCCUCGGGGCACAAUCCCUGCCACAGCUCCACCCACUGCCUCAAUGUUGUGGGGGGCUACAAGUGCCUCUGCCACCCUGGCUGCAAGCCGGUUCCUGGGUCCCCCGAAGGCCCAGACAGCACCAUCUGUACAGAUGUCGAUGAGUGCAGGUCCGGGCGGCACCCAUGUCACAACUCCACCAUCUGCGUCAACACCUUGGGCUCAUACAAGUGCCGCUGCCGCCGAGGGUGGACACCCCUGCCGGGGCUCCGCGACGACCAAAACACCACCGUGUGCGAAGAGGUGACCUUCCCCACCUGGGCUCCGCCCCCCAGAAUCCAGAGCCAGAGUCUCUCCCACUUCUUUGAAAGAGUCCAGGAUCUGCUCAAACACUUCAAGCCAGCCUCGGCCCAGGUCACCGUCCAGGGUCUCAUACACGUGGUGGAUGAUCUGCUGGAGACCCCAGGGGACCUGGAGACCCUGCCCUGCUCAGAGCAGCACUGUAUGGCCGCUAACCUGCUCUUUGGCCUGGAGGAUGUCCUGAGAGGGCUGAGCCAGGCUCUGUCCAAUGGGUCGUUGACCUUCAAUUCACCUGCAGGCACAGAGCUGACCCUGGAGGUGCUGGAGCAGGGAAACAGGAGUAUCUCCUUGAGUCAGAAUCGGGCAAAGAUGCUGCUGAACUGGGAGACGGUGCAGGGAUCUGCUGACUCAGGCCCUUCUGUGGUGGGCCUUGUCUCCACCCCAGGGAUGGGAAAGCUGCUGGCUGAGGCGCCCCUGGUCCUGGACCCUGAGAGGCAGGAAGUUGUAUGGGAGACACACAAGGACUUGCUGCAGGAAGUCACCCAUGUCCUGCUCUCAGAUGUCAUCACCGCCUUUUCGAGCAACAAUGACACUCAGAACCUCAGCUCCCCAGUCACCUUCAUCUUUAACCAUGUGAGUCCAGUGACCCCUGGGCCAAGGCAGAAGGUGCUCUGUGUCUUCCGGGACCGUGAUCAGGGUGGAUGUGGUCAUUGGGCCACCACAGGCUAGACGGUGGGCACUAGAGACACCAGCACCACCUGCCAGUGUACCCACCUGAGCAGCAUUGCCGUCCUCAUGGCCCACUACAACGUGCAGGAGGAGGACCCCAUGCUGGCUGUGAUCACCCACGUGGGGCUGAGCCUCUCUCUGCUGUGCGUCCUCCUGGCGGCCCUCACCUUCCUGCUUUGCAGAGCCAUCCAGAACAUCAGCACCUCGCUCCACCUGCAGCUCUCGCUCUGCCUCUUCCUGGCCCACCUCCUCUUCCUCACAGCCAUCGACUGAACGGAGAUCCAGGUGCUGUGUGCCAUCAUCGCAGGCGCCUUACACUAUCUCUACCUGGCCUCCUUCACCUGGAUGCUGCUGGAGGGCCUGCACCUCUUCCUCACUGCGCGCAACCUGAUGGUGGUCAACUGCUCCAGUGUGAGCAGGUUCAUGAAGAAGCUCAUGUUCCCUGUGGGCUACAGAGUCCUGGCUGUGAUCGUGGCCAUUUCUGCAGCAUCCAGGCCAGACCUUUAUGGAACAACCACCCGCUGCUGGCUCCGCUCGGAAGGUGGAUUUAGAUGGGGCUUCCUUGGACCAGUCUGUGCCAUCUUCUCUGUCAACGUUGUUUUCUUUCUGAUGACUCUCUGGAUGUUGAAAAGCAGACUCUCUUCCCUCAACAGUGAUGUGUCCACCCUGCAGGACACAAGGAUGCUGACUUUUAAAGCUAUAGCUCAGCUCUUCAUCUUGGGAUGCACAUGGUGUCUGGGAAUCCUGCAGGUGGGUUCAGCUGCCUGUGUCAUGGCCUACCUCUUCACCAUCAUCAACAGCCUGCAGGGCGUCUUCAUCUUCCUGGUGUACUGCCUCCUCAGCCAGCAGGUUCGGGAACAAUACGGGAAAUGGUUCAAAAGGGUCGGGAAACCCAAAGCUGAGUCUGAGACUUUCACGCUUUCAAGCAGGGCCAUGUCUGAUGCCUCCAAACCCAUCACGGUAUGA